AAAUUUCCCGAUGAUCGCAGUGUCGCAUAGUGUUAGCCGAAGUACUACCACUACCGCAAGACAAUGAGUAUCUUACAAAAAAAUACCGUUCUAGUCAGUCAUUUAACAAAAGUCCAUUGAAAGUUCGCGCCGGAAUUUCAUUAACGGUCAAACGCAACAAUGUAAUAAGUAAAUAAUCUGUGUUUGUUUUAUUUUACAUAAUUAUAAAAGAAUAUGUUCGGAUUCUUGGAUCCGACAAUCUCAUAUCACAACGACGACUCUUCUCAGAUGAUUACGAUGAAUCUCAAUUUUUCUUUUUAUAUCGCGAUGCCGUUUUAAAUAAUUAGUCAUUUUAAACUGUAAACGAGAAAGAACGAGAAGCUAAACUAAAGACAAAAAACUAUGAAGAAAAAAGCCAAACCAUUUAUGAUAUUAGGUUUGAUUGCAAUUGUUGGUUAUUUUGGUUGGUUUUGUUGGGUUGUUAAUAAUCAUAGAUAUGAUUUAGGUCCUGUUGAUGGUUGGGAAAAUAAUAGAUCCAGAGACGUCAGCUUGUAUAUACAACCGGAUAAUUUGACCUCGAUCCUGUUGCCGGGGAAAUUUUGCAAAAAUAAGACAGACCUAUUGAUUAUGAUCACGUCCACGCCCACCAACUUCGACGAACGAAACGUGAUCAGGGAAACAUGGGCUUCAGACAAAAUCAUACAAAAUUUCAAUGUGGAUUAUUAUUUUAUGUUGGGUGAAGUUACCAAUGAUACAUUACAAGAUCAGUUAACGCACGAGUAUAACGAACAUAAUGAUAUAAUCCAGGAACAGUUCCUAGACACCUACAACAAUUUAACGUUAAAAUCUCUAAUGACUUUAAAGGUUGUUACAAAACAUUGCACGAACAGUGUUAAAUACAUUAUGAAGACUGACGACGAUAUGUUCGUGAAUGUACCGCUUUUAAUAAAAUAUUUGAAACGGAGGAGGGGUAAAAGUGAUCUCUUUGGAUCUCUGAUACAAAAAGCUCCGCCAGUAAGACAAACAUCAAGCAAAUGGAAAGCCCCGUAUUAUCUCUAUGAUAAAGAUGCAUAUCCAGAUUAUCUCUCUGGAACAGGAUAUGUGAUGUCUUUAGAUGUAGUUCAAAAACUGUACAAAACGUCUUUCGACACACCUAUUUAUUAUUUAGAAGACGUAUAUAUUACCGGUAUGUUACCGGUGAAUGCCAAGCUCAAACCAAAGAAUCAUCCAGGGUUUUCAUAUCUCAAACGGGAAAUGGACAUGUGCAUCUAUUUGACGGCAAUUACGGCUCACCAUGUGAACGAAACGGAAAUGCGAUUAUUGUAUGAUCUACUCAGGAGGACGAAUUUGCAAAAGGAUUGCAAGAAAAAACCGCAGAACAAACGACAGAAAACUCCACAACGUGCCAUCAGACGUGUUUUCUGAAAAAAAGGUGUUUUUCAGGAAGAGCGGAGCACUUAGCCUUCUUUACAUUCAGAUAUUGAUUUUUUUUAAUAUAUUAUAUUCUUUAUUUUUCGUUAGUACUAAAUAAAAUAUAUAAAAGGUUCUUAAAAUGAUCAACAUGGUAA